AUGAAACGCGAUUGUGUUGCUUUUCAAGGAUUUGAGCUAAUUGGUCACAUCACCACGACAUUAUACGCUGACGAAAUAAGCUGUGGAUUGAGAUGCCUUCAAGAUGAAAACUGCCAAUCUUACAACAGCAAAUCCCAUGCUGAUGAUGCAAAGAAGGAAUGUCAACUGAGUAAUCAAACCAAAAAAUCAAGUCCGGAAAACCUGAGGCGUAACCCACGUUCUACUUAUUAUGGAAGAGGUACUGUUGAGUAAAGUGCUUAAUAUUAUGGAAAAGUUAGUGGAGGUGGGAGGGGAGGUAUGAGGGGUCGGAGAAUUUUGGUUGUCACAAUAAAGUUUUCCUGAUCCCUCCAUAACGUUCCGAAUUAUUCUAUCGAUCUUCCUCAUUGGCAGUCAAUUUUCUUUAGUCCCACCUUUAAACUCUGUUAGCGACCACUGAUCCUCUCUCCAUUCCCUUUGAAAACAAUGAUACCCCCCCCAAGACCCUGCCACCCAUCCCACCCCCUUUUUCCAAGUCAAAAAUGGUGACCUAUUUCUUACUUCUAAUUAGGGCUUUUCAGAGCUCUCUCGUGUCGCGUGUACAUCCAUGUAUAAUCUCUCCCGAGAGAAUAUGAAGUUUAAAAUCUCUUCCUUUUCCUUAUAAUGAUAGAUUUUCCAUUUUCUUAGUUUAAAUUUAAAUUUCCAAAAUCAAAAGCUAUCUAAUAAUCACGCGGAAGGAACUACUGAUGGAAUAAGACCUCUGUGGCGUGUUUUGUUUCUUAGUUUGAUCCUCUCCUCGUUCCAAAUGAUUAUACUUCUCUUUUCCUAUGCAGAUAAACGAGGUUGGGAUUCUGCUCAUCCGGCCCUCUCCUGUAAAGAAAUUCUGGACUAUGGACAUUCCAAAGGAGACGGGGAGUAUUGGAUCGACCCAGAGAAGAGUGGAAACCCUUUGAAGGUCUAUUGUGACAUGUCAAGAUCUGGUGGUAAGAGAAUGAAUUGGUUUCUUAAGACACGAGGACUUCAACAAUAGUAUAUAUAUCUGACUUGGUAGAGUUGUUAUUGGAACGUUCUGGUCUUGGCUAUUCUUGCUUUCUUUACCAAGAUCCUUAUUAUGUUUUGAAUCAAAACUACAGCAGAAUUCUCGAAAGUGAUUGGUUAUCAUCAGCCGGCCGAUUUGAACACUAAUAGGACAGUUAACGCGUCAUGCCUGUGUGAGUGGACAGAACGCGUCAUGUGCGCGCUGUUGUCUCGCAUUUCGCCGAGUAAACUGUUGUUUUUCGUUUUUAUGAAAACGUAUAACCGAUGUCUAGUUUCUUUCUCAAAUUUUGUCAUAGUUUUGACUAAUUGGUAACAGGCCUUCUUGUCGUCCAAUUCUGUCUGUAAUGAUACGAGUGAUUAACAAAUCGGACUCCCGCUUUGCGGUCGUACGAUUCUGUAAAUCACUCGUAUGAUUACAGACCGAAUUGGACUCCACUCGGUCCUGUUACCAUUUAAUAUGUCCAAAAUUCUAGUUACAUGGAUGUCACCAGAUCAUUUAGGUUUGUUUUAUUUUAGGUUUGUUUUAUUUUAGGUUUGUUUUAUUUUAGGUUUGUUUUAUUUUAGGUUUGUUUUAUUUUAGGUUUGUUUUAUUUUAGGAGGUUGGCUUCUGGUGUCAAAUGUUGAGUUCGGAAGUCCCUCUCCUAAGGUGUCAAUUGAGACAUCAUACCGUGGAAUAGGUAAGUCACACAUGGUUCUGCAGAAAAGUGCCAUGAAAGAGCUCAGAAGACACUUGUCCUUUACUCAGCUGAGAUUCCACUGCCACAAGAAACAGGGACGCACAUUCCACGUGGUCACAGCUUCCAACAGCUCAGGCGAAGCUGUGGUCCGGUACUUCAGCGGUCAGACAGAUGAGCAACCGGACGCCUGUGGUUCGUUUGUGAGAGUGACGUUGGAUGACAAUUCCGAGUUAGCUGGCAUUUGCAAAGAUUGGGGUCAACUAAAAAGUGGAGAGGUCCGGGUUGGAAAGUGGGGACAUGGUGAAGAUCAAAACAGGCUAUACUGGUAUCCCGUCUUGAUAAAAAACAAGUAUCAACUUAGGGUCCAACUGCAUAACGUUGACGACCUCGAAAAAAUGGAAUGUGAUGAUAGCUACGGUCACAAUGUUGACACAGACGGCGAUUUCUGGAGAGUCUUUGUUCGUUAG